CAACUGCCAGUAGUCAGGGCGACGUAGCUACAGGCCGCUCAGGGGUGACGUCACUGCCAACUACGUUCAUGGCUGUCGACAGUGGAGACCUGACCGUGGCGGACACAAUCGGCAUUAUUCUGGGCGGAAUCAUAGGCGUCGCUGUGGUAGCUGCGCUAGUCGCUAUCGCUUAUAUUAUCAACAGGAAAAUGAAGCAAGGGUCAGCGGAUGCUAACGGCGUGUGCAUACGCCCGGAGGAGCGGCGAUUUUCGGCACCCGCGCUGCCGUGCCAGCUCGCGUCGGCCCACAUCUACGAGUAUAUAAUCGACGAUACCAUCCACCCACCACCAGAUGGCAGUUUCGGCAACGAUACGUCGGACAGAAACACUAGUUUCGAAAAUAGCCAUGAUGGCAAAGCAAUGACGUUGGCAUCACGUGCACAGAAGGUGGACGUCGUUAUAACGUCGCCCACGGCACCGGAAGUUAACAGCAGUGGCGCCCUACUUGGGCAAGACUACUUUGUGCUAGAACAAGCGGCUGGUGAAGAAACAGAGAUGGAGGUAAUGCACGAAGUGGUUGCGGGGACACACGAAAUGACGGCGGAAACACACGAUGUGACGGCGGAAACACUCGAUGUGACGGCGGACACACACGAUGUGACGGCGGAAACACACGAUGUGACGGCGGACACAUGCGAUGUGACGGCGGACACACGCGAUGUUAUGACGUCACCCGGUGGACACCAAUAUUUUACAUUGGAAGCCGAGCGCCCAUGAUCAAGAAUGGACAUAACAUGUAUACAUAUAUAUAGAU